AUGUCGGCUACCUUCAGAUCCCUCGCACCGUUCGCCAGAACGGCGCGGUUCGCCUUCAAGAAGACAGGCAACCCCUUGGUCUCACUUCAACAGCAGUCAAGGUCUCCUGUGCUGAACUUAAGGAGAGGUUACGCUGUGUACGAGAGGACAAAGCCUCACGUCAACAUUGGCACAAUCGGUCACGUCGAUCACGGCAAGACCACUUUGUCGGCUGCCAUCACCAAGAGGCAGGCUGAGAAGGGCUUCGCAAACUUCCUCGACUAUGCCGCGAUUGAUAAGGCUCCCGAGGAGAGGAAGCGUGGUAUCACCAUCUCGUCAGCACACAUCGAGUACUCCACAGAAAACCGUCACUACUCCCACGUUGACUGUCCUGGUCACGCUGAUUACAUUAAGAACAUGAUUACUGGUGCUGCCAACAUGGACGGUGCCAUUAUUGUCGUUGCUGCCUCGGAUGGUCAAAUGCCCCAGACCCGUGAGCACUUGCUCCUCGCUCGCCAGAUUGGUAUCCAGAAGAUCGUUGUGUUCGUUAACAAGGUCGACGCUCUCGAUGACCCCGAGAUGUUGGAGCUUGUUGAGAUGGAGAUGCGUGAGCUGCUCAACAGCUAUGGCUUCGCUGGUGAUGACACUCCCGUCAUCAUGGGUUCGGCCCUUUGCGCCCUGAACGACAAGCGCCCCGAAAUCGGCCAGCAGAAGAUCGACGAGCUUCUUGAGGCCGUUGACACCUGGAUUCCCACCCCCGAGCGUGACCUGGACAAGCCCUUCCUGAUGUCGGUUGAGGAUGUCUUCACCAUUGGCGGUCGUGGUACCGUCGUCUCGGGCCGUGUCCAGCGCGGUAUUCUGAAGCGUGAUGCUGAGGUCGAGAUUGUUGGCAAGACCGACGAGGUUGUCAAGACCAAGGUCACCGAUAUUGAGACCUUCAAGAAGUCGUGCGAGGAGUCUCGUGCCGGUGAUAACUCUGGUCUGCUGCUCCGUGGUGUCCGUCGUGAGGAUAUCAAGCGUGGUCAGGUCAUCGCUGCCCCUGGCAGCAUCAAGGCCCACAAGCAGUUCCUCGUCUCUCUCUACGUCCUGACCAAGGAGGAGGGUGGAAGGCACACCGGGUUCCAUGAGAACUACAUGCCGCAGAUGUACAUCAGGACUGCCAGCGAGGCCUGCUCUCUGCACUGGCCCGAGGGCACCGAGGAUGCCUCCAGCAAGAUGGUCAUGCCUGGUGACAACGUCGAGAUGACCGCUACCCUGCACAGCCCUAUUGCUGUCGAGCCUGGCUUGAGGAUCAACAUCCGUGAGGGUGGCAAGACUGUUGCUACUGGUCUGGUUACUCGUAUCCUCAAAUAA